AUGCUGAGAUUAAUCGUUUUUACUCUUCCAUCGAAUCUUCUUCGGCGUCCGGAAUACUCCAUAAACAAAUCUCCGAGUCAAAGCGACGCUUCAACUAGCACGACAGGAAAGCGAGGUGCCAGCUUCUUUCGAAAGACUUCACAAGAGACGGGAAGAAGUCAGAGAGAGAAAACGGGAAUUGAUGCGAUGGCAUUCAGCUUGGCUCGCGGGGAGAUCUCAGAUCAAGCAGAGAACGAAAUAGAAAGGAGACAAGACGCCGAAGUGAUUGAAAAAUGCCAUCAAGAGCAGCCAGAAAAUCAUUCGGGUAGAAAACAAAAGCUCUGGUGGCUGUUUGAGAACCGAACCCCAUGCCCCAAAAAUGUUGCGUUCGUGUCGGUCAUCAUUAGGAAUGAAGCGAAAGGUAUAUAA